AUGGCUUCCACCAGAACUCAAGUUGUCCCACCGUCUUUUUGCUCUCCUUGUUCUAAACCCCAACCAAAAAAUGACAUUUUCCUCAAUUUUAGAGGCGAAGACACCCGUGAUAAUUUUACAGACCAUCUAUAUUAUGCUUUAAAAGAGAAAGGGUUUAUCAUCUUUAAGGAUGAUAAAGAACUUGUGCCCGGAAAUCCCAUUUCUACGAAACUCUUGGAUGCGAUCGAGAAAUCAAGAAUGGCAGUCGUCAUUUUGUCUGAAAAUUAUGCAUAUUCAACUUGGUGCCUAGAAGAACUAGUAAAGAUUGUUGAAUGCAUUAAGGGAGGGUUGAAAGUGUUGCCCAUUUUCUACCACGUGGAUCCUAGUCACGUGCGGCAUCAAAAGGAGACUUUUGCUAUGGCCUUUGAUGAACAUGAAAAACGUCUCCAAGAAAACCCAGAGAAGGUGCAGAUAUGGAGGGCUGCUUUAAGAGAAGUGGCCAAUCUUUCUGGAAAGACAUUAAUGAAAGGGUAA